GAACACGGCCUCCGCCGGCUGGAGGUGGGGCGUGGCUUGAAUUACAGCGCCAGAGUUUGACGAAGGCUGUCAGUUUCUGUGUCAGCCCCAAGUUGGUAGGAUGUGGGGGCUGUCCCGCUGCCUGAGUGUUCCCCGGGGAUGGCUGCUUCUUCCUGCCGGGGUGCAAAGGUCGUUCUCCUCCAUUUCUCAUACUCCUCAGAUCUGCAUUGUCGGGAGCGGCCCAGCAGGAUUCUACACAGCCCAGCACAUCUUAAAGCACAACCCUAAGGCUCACGUAGAUAUUUAUGAGAAACUGCCAGUUCCCUUUGGCUUGGUGCGCUUUGGCGUGGCACCUGAUCACCCUGAAGUAAAGAACGUUAUUAACACUUUCACACAGACAGCACGGUCAGAACGUUGUACUUUUUUGGGCAAUGUGAUGGUUGGCAGAGACGUUACAGUGGAAGAGCUGCAGGCAGCCUAUCACGCUGUGGUGCUGAGUUAUGGCGCUGAAGACAAACGUGAGCUAGGGAUCCCCGGAGAGGACCUGCCUGGAGUCUAUUCUGCCAGGGAUUUUGUGGGCUGGUACAAUGGGCUUCCUGACAACAGACAUCUUAACCCAGACCUGAGCUGUGACACAGCAGUGAUAUUAGGACAGGGGAAUGUUGCUCUGGACAUUGCUCGUAUUCUCCUUUCUCCUGUCGACAUCCUGCGAAAAACAGACAUCACCCAGGCUGCAUUGGAUACUUUGAGCAAAACUCGAAUAAGGAGGGUGUGGAUGGUCGGGAGACGUGGGCCUCUUCAGGUGGCAUUUACCAUAAAGGAGCUGCGAGAGAUGAUUAACUUACCAGGGGCUCGACCAAAGCUGGAUCCCGCUGAUUAUAUGGGUUUGGAAAAGGCUACAAAAGACCUCCCUCGGCCAAGAAAACGCCUGACUGAGCUGCUGGUAAAAUCAGCAAUGGAGAAGCCUGGCAAAAAGGUGGCAGUAAACUGGGCCCAGCCUGAGAAAGAGUGGGGCUUGCGAUUCUUUAGGAGCCCUUUGGCUGUGUUACCCAGUGAAGAUGGGAAGAGAGCAGCCUGUAUCCGCCUGUCAGUGACUCGCCUUGAGGGUAUGGGAGAAACUGCUGUGGCUGUCCCCACGGGGCAGGUGGAAAACAUAUCAUGUGGUCUAAUCUUUAGCAGCAUUGGGUACAAAAGUGUCUCCAUCUCUUCGACUGUUCCCUUCCUGCCCAUGCAGGGUGUAAUCCCAAAUUCUAUGGGCAGAGUUGAAGGAAUCCCAGGCCUGUACUGCAGCGGUUGGGUGAAGAGAGGUCCCACUGGAGUCAUAACCACCACAAUGACAGACAGCUUUGAUACAGCACAAGCCAUUUUUGAAGAUGUACAAAUGGGGGCCUUGAAUUGGUCGGAACCUCGGGCAGGAUCUGUAACCAUUCGGGAGUUGCUUCACCUCCGGGGGAUACAGCCUGUCUCUUUCUCUGACUGGGAGAAGAUUGAUGAGAUGGAGACUGCCAGGGGUCUCGCAGUUGGGAAACCAAGAGAAAAGAUCUUGGACACGGAGGAGAUGCUGCAAUUGGUCUGUCGGUAACUUGCACUUUGCACCAUGAUUGAUGUCUUCACAGAAGGACACUGCCAGUCUCCUGCUUGCCAAAUAUGGGUCUCAAAACUGAUUCAGCGGGAGCCUCUUAAGUGAUAUUUAGACAUUACCUCAACCUAACAAACGCUCGGUCUUGGGACCUAAGUAUUUUUGUAUUCUGUAAAAUGAGUUUUAAGUAAUUUAAUAAAUGAAUUAGGGAAGCUC